AUGUGGCUUUCGAACUCAUCUACCAGAACAAGAGCCAGAUCUCCAAAGAAGUCAUCUUUGUCUUCCCCCUGGACUGUCCACACGGCAAUCUACUCCUUCCGGGCCUGCAGUGAGGAUGCCAAGGUCCAGGCCAUGCUGCAGAACGAGACCCAGCAGCUGCACAAGGCUGCAGAGGGCUGGGAGAAUCUGGGAUACCUUCAGGAUCACUCUCAGUAUCCAGGUGAGGUGUUUGCCUGCUUCCUGGGCACCUUCACGCUGCCCUACAGCCUGCUGCUGACCGCUAGGCUGCAGUCACCCUGUGGAGUUGUCAAUGUCCAGGCCAACUUCACCCUCACCCCUUUGAUCUACACCGCCAAGGACUGCAGCACUGCACAGGUCUCACUGCCCGGAAGCCCCCCAGGUCAGCAUGAUUUGCAGCUGCUGGUGUAUUUUGGAGACCCCACUGCACUCAGUGCUGAGGUAGAGAAGGGAGACUCUGGGACCCCUCGAGGCUCCCUGCUUGGUGACCCCACGGUGCUGGUGACACUGGUACCCAGUAUCCCUGAGACAGUACCUAGGUGGCACCAGUCUGGAGAGUUCAUCUUCCUCCCAGACACCACUUUCCUUGAGCAUGCACAGGAGUCCCUGCUCUUCCUUCUCAAAAGCCUGCCCAUGGGCUGCUACUUCAACACCUACUGCAAUGGAGAAACAUCUGUGGGCAUCUACCCGCAAAGUAUUGAACACACUCAGGAUAACCUGACUGAGGCCAUGUGGUGCAUCCCCUCCACCAGCUCCAGUCUGGGUGACACCAAUCUGCUGGGAACUCUCUGCUGAAUCUACAACACUCCUCACCCCAAGGGCACGUUCUCCCAGCUCUUCAUCUUCAGGGCCGGGCUACCCCCUGACAAGGCAGCCAUUGCAGCUGAGGUCUGCCAGCACUCCAACAGCCACCACUCUGUCCAAGUAUCCCAGCACCUGGACCACCCACACACAAUAGUCAAGAUCCAGGUGUUUAAGUGCCUGAAGCAGGCCCCCAAGCCAGCAGCUGAGGGAGUCUCUCUGAGCUGGACCCUGCCCUGUGGUCUGGAGGUUGACGUACUGGGAGGCACCCCUCAGUCCAUCUUUCAGGGUCAACACAGCCUCCUUUAUGCCCUGAUCCAUGGACAGGCACAGGAUACGACGGUGGCCAAGGGUGUCAAGACCUUGCAGUACAGCCUCGAUGGUCAGGAUGUCACUCACACCAUUGAAUUCCCACUGUGCCCACAGGGAGAUGGACGGUGA